AUGGAGCGUCAAGUUGUUAAAUCGACAAAUCCGACAGAAAUUAUCUUCGUACUCGCUGGUCGAACUACACUAUCAGAGCACCUACCCGGCGAGAACGUCACUGUGGCUCUCACCACUGCAACUCGCUCACAAUACCUUCGAACGCUUAUUGGGCAACAUGCAUCGACCGGCCGAUCGACAACUGCAAUUGAAUUGCGCAAUGUUGAUCCAGUAGGCUUCAACCUAUUCAUCGAAUGGCUCAGCACUAAAAGAGUCACUUAUCCCUUUCGCUGCACAUCGUCCGUCAGUUCAGGCUUACUCCUGCGCGACUGCAUCGACUUGUUAUAUGCACACAUUGUCGGCUCGCAACUAAAAGAAGUGGAGUUCCAAGACUACAUCAUCGACGAGAUAGCUCGACGACUUGACUCUGCGCAGACACCUGACGGGAAGGUUCUGGAGGUCAUCUUCGUGGACAAUGGCGCAUCGAGUGUUCUGAAGAGAUUCGCUAUAGACGAAAUGUUUGCCGUCGAAAGGAAGAUGGUGGGAAUGCUGAGGGGCUGCGUUGAAGAUGUGACUGGUACGGACCGUUGUGAGUAUCAUGUUCAUGAAGAAGGGAAGUGUUAUAGAAGUAUGAAAGAGCAGAAGGAACAGCGACACUAUAGAAACGGAAGUAUGAAAAAGACCCCUUGGAGUGCAGAUGAGGAUCCUGACUUGAAGUCCAUGGCUUCUUAUUACUUGGGCACCAUGAGCGAAGCACGCACUAGUGAGGAAUCUCAACCCGAAGUGCUGACCAGCGAGGAUAUACCUGUGGAAACACAGUGUUCAGUGUCUCGUCUAGAAAGAGAGUACGCACCUGAUAUCCAAUACUUCGGUUCUGCAGCUUGGUCUCGAGAAGUCCACGGCUUCCAGAGAAGUUCCAGUUCUAGAAAACCACAUGCAAAAUCAGAGAAGCCUCUACCUCCUCUCCCCAUGCUACUUCCAAGCCCGACAAUACCACUUCCGCCUCCAAAUGCCUUCCAGCCAGCACCAUACCUCUUGAAAGCGGAGAAGUACGAAGACAUUGAAGCUGUUCGGACAAAGACCUUAAUCAACACGUGGUUACAACACGUGCCUUCUUCAUCAGUGGAGCUUUCAACUCAAAACUUAAUCGCUGAAUGCCUCGAAAGACUGGCGCUAGCGUCUUCAAAUAUACCAUCCUCGGAGCAGAAUACACCACUCACAAGCGUACGGCCAACGACAAUGUCACAGCUUAUACUACCGAGUAUACCGCUAAUAACCCCACAAUCUACUAAUCCACUAUCAAGAACCAUAUCAUACGACGCGCCACCAGCAACACACUUACCGUGCAUGAGCUCAUCGAGGUAUAUCGCUCCCAAUCUGCCGCCCUUGGUCAGACGCAAACCUGCGCCUCCCCGCGGAAUCGACUGGGUUGAGCAGUGGGAUCGCUUGGAUGCACUUAGAGGUAAGCAGGGGUUUGGAUUGAAGAGGAGGAGUGGGAAGGGGGAGCUAAGGAGUAGAUUCAAGGAGAUGGUGGAUUCAGUGAAGAAGGUGAACAUGCAGGAGUAG